GAAGUAUAUCAAAUUGGCGCUAGAACGAAAUCGAAAACACAAAAUCGAAAUCCCUAGAGAGCAGACGACGAAGACGAAGAAGGAGAAGGAGAAAAAAUGGCGAGUACUCUCUUCAUCGCUCUCCAAUGUUACGAGUGUUCAACUAUGCAGGUGAAGCAGAAGAAGAAAAGUAGUAACAAGUGGGUUUGUGUGAUAUGCAAUCAGAAGCAAUCAGUGAAAAAGGUGUUUGCUCAAGGUUAUAAGGCUAAGGAGCUUCGUUUCUUUGUCCAAUCGUUUAAUAUGUCUCGCAAAGUUGCCGAUGAAGAGGCACAUGCUGUUGGAGAUUCGUUUCCAGAGGUUUAUGUUGAAGGAGAGGUUAAUGAGGAGGUUAAUGGAACGAAGAAGCGAUCUGAUUGGAGUCAAUACCUCGAUUUCGAUUCAGUAAAUGAUCGCCGGAGAUUAGCUGGAGAAGAAGACGAUGUGAAGAUUGUCACUGAGAUGCCAAGCAAUAUGUUCAAAAGGCCAAAGCUGAACAAAGAGUCUAAUGCUGGUGGAUCAUCAUCAAAUACAGGAGGUGAGAAUAAAGACAGUAAUGAGAUCUUCAAGCCUUCUUUCUCCAGACGCAGCAUCAAAAAGCCGGAUUUUCGAUCCGAUGAAGUAGUGACGAGGAAGAAGGAUAUGGAAGAGAGGAAUCUAGAGUCAGAAAGAGUUACUAAGCCAGCUUCGAAAUGGGACGCCUACUUAAUCGAUGACGAAGGAGAACACCAAGCACCACCGCGAUUUGGUGUUAAAAAGGCCUUGAAGGAUGACGAAGUAGGAGGAUGGGACAGAGCAGUAAUGGAGAUAAAUACGGAAUAUCAGAUAGUAGACGACGAGGUACAUCCAGAUUUCAUGUGAUCAGAAUGUUUAACCAGAAUGCCGAUUAUUAGAUAAAAUGCUAAAUGUAAAGUUUCUGAAACGAAUUUGGAGUUGCAAAAGAGUUGACACAUUAAAUAGACUCCUAACGAAACUAGAG